UGGCAGCUACUCCUGUAGUUACAUCAUGUACAUUAACUGCGAUAAGCAGCAUGAGCGUGAAGAAUGUGGCACUGAUGGCGUCACGUACAGAAACUUGUGCGCGUUCACCAAGGCCCAUUGUCAUGGAAAGGAUAUUGACAUCGCUUUCCGUGGGAAAUGUGACGACCGUCCAGCGACUGGCGGACAAGGAAUAACAGGGGAGGAGGCAGUACUCGACUACUUCUGUGUCGAAUUAUCCCACCAGAGUUGUCCAAACGACACCGAGACACUGUGUGGUACCGACGGCAAGACCUACGCCAAUGUGUGUGAAUACGAGAAGUCAAAGUGUACCCACCGCGAUCUCCACGUAGCUGACUUUGGCGCCUGUUCAAAUUAGAACAACACCGUCUUUGGCUGCAGUUCGAAACAGAAGUUUGUUCACAAAAACUACCCGUCUUGAAUAAAGCUUGGCAAAGUAAUUAAAACCUGAUCUAAAAC